AUGGUGGUGGUUGUUGCUUACUUCCAACCAGGGACGGAGGCAUGUAGUGGCAGUACAAAUGAACUUGGUGAACUUGCUUCUUCUUUACCUACUGAAGUGAAAAGAUUAAAAGAAAGUGAUGCGGUGAACUUGUUAACUGAUGUUGAAUUGGAAAACCUCCCUUCGGAUCCAGGGCUUCGAAAACCGAUUAUGGAUUAUCAUCCAAAUGUUAGAAACCAAGUUCGAAGGGCAUAUUUGCAGAAUGGGCCGUGCCAGCCUAAAAAUCAUAAAUUUCCUAAUUCACGGAAAGGUAGAAAGUUCAAUCAUUCUUGGUUCAAAGCUCAUGAAUAUUGGCUAGAAUACAGCAUAUCAAAAGAUAGAGUAUAUUGUUUAUGUUGUUACUUGUUUAAAUCAAGUGGUGCUAAUAACUUUGCUGAUGAAGGAUUUUGUACUUGGAGUAAGAAAUCAAGACUGCAGGUUCAUGUAGGAGAUAUAAAUAGUGCUCACAACGAAGCUCGGAAAGCCUGUGAAGACUUGUUAGAUGAAAAAGUACAUAUUGACACAACACUUGUUAAGCAAACAGAUGAAACUAGAAGGCAAUAUGGAAUUCGUUUGAGGGCUUCAAUACAAAUUGUCCGAAUACUUCUAAGACAGGGUCUUGCAUUUCGUGGGAAUGACGAAGGUGAUGAUUCUGCAAAUCGGGGUAAUUUUCUUGAGAUUUUAGCAUGGCUUGGUAACAUCAAUGUAGAAGAUUUGCAGCCUUAUAUUAUGGAAAAUGCACCGAAAAAUAUGAAAUUGACCUCUCCUGAUGUUCAAAAAGAUAUUACAAGUGUUUUUUCAUUUGAAAUAAUUGCUGCAAUUAUUCGAGACAUUGGUGAUUCAUUCUUUUCAAUGCUGGUUGAUGAGUCUAAAGAUAUUUCGUCAAAGGAACAAAUGGCUGUCGUUUUACGGUAUGUGAAAGAAGGACGUGUUAUUGAGCGCUUUGUUGGGAUUGAACAUGUAGCUACUACCACUGCCCUCUCACUCAAGAAAACAAUCGCUAAUUUCUUUUCGAGGCAUAAUUUAAGUUUUUCCCAGUUGCGAGGACAAGGUUAUGAUGGGGCUAACAACAUGAAAGGUGAGUGUAAUGGCCUUAAGAAGCUUAUUUUGGAUGAAAAUGAGUCUGCAUAUUUUAUUCAUUGCUUUGCUCAUCAAUUACAUUUAGAUGUUGUAAAUGUAGCGAAAAAAGAUCCAGAAAUCAAGGAUUUUUUUUCAUUAGUUACUUGUGUGACUAAUGUUGUUGGAGGAUCACCUAAACGCCUUGAAAUACUUCGAAAAAUAAAAGGUGCUGAAAUUUCUGAAGCUCUUAGCAACAAUGAACUUGAAAUUGGGCGAGGUUUAAACCAAGAGUCGAACCUCAAGCGUGCUGCGGAUACAAGGUGGGGUUCGCACCAAAAUACUUUAAUUAGCUUGAUUAAUUUGUAUUCAGCUGUGAUGGGUGUACUUAGAUCAGUUUCAAAAGAUAAAACUUCUGAUAAGAGAUUUGAAGCUAGAGGUAUUUUGGUUCAUAUGAAGUUAUAUAAUUUUGCUUUUCGUCUUCAUUUGAUGAAAAAUAUUAUGGGAGUUACAAAUGAUUUGUCAGAAGCUUUACAAAGAAAAUACCAGGAUAUUGUGAAUGCCAUGAAGUUAGUUCGGAUUUGUAAGACAAGACUACAAGAGAUGAGGGAUAAUGGUUGGAAUGAUUUACUUAGUGAAGUAUCUUCAUUUUGUGAGCAGCAUAAGAUUAAGGUUGUUUGUAUGAAUGAUUCUAGUUUAGGUAAAGGAAGAGCAAAACACAAUGUCCAAGAAAACAGCAACGAGCAUAAAUACCGUAUUGGGAUAUUUAAUGCUGUUAUAGAUUUGCAACUAAGAGAAUUGAAUGAUCGCUUUACUGAAACAACUACGGAGCUUCUUCUUUGUGUAGCUUGCUUAUGUCCGAGUGAUUCGUUUGCUGCUUUUGAUAAGGACAAGUUGAAGCGCCUUGCAGAAUUUUAUCCAAAGGAUUUUUCUGAAAUUGACAUUGUAUUACUCGAUGGUCAAAUUCAAAACUACAUUAUGGAUGUGAGAACAAGCACUGAGUUUUCAAGUUUGAAUGGAAUUACUGAUCUUGCCCGAAAAAUGGUGGAAACAAAGAAAGACAAGGUAUAUUCAAAGGUUUAUUUACUGUUGACAUUGGCGUUGAUCUUACCGGUUGCUACUGCCAGUGUAGAAAGACUCUUUUCUGCUAUGAAAAUACUGAAGACUCGAUUGCGUAAUAGAAUGGGUGAUGAGUGGUUGAACGACUGCUUACUUGCAUAUGUUGAAAAAGUAAUAAUGGAUAGCAUCGUCAAUGACAUUAUUAUGAACCGUUUUCAGAUCAUGAAACCACGCAAAGGGAGGCUACUUAUGGUUAUGGGUCUUUUGAUUUUUGAAGUUGAUGUAGAGAUGAGUUCAUCUAUUUUGGCGAAAAUGGUAUCUCAAACUUGGAUUCAAAGGACAAAACUCGCAUAUGCAAAUCAUAGUCUAGUCAUGUAA